AUGGGUUUUGACACUUGGACCAUCAGUGAGGGGGAAGAAUUCUCUGGAGGUAUUUGGUGUCUCUGGAAUAAAGAUGUCUGGGAUGUUCAAGUGCUACGCAUUCACAAGCAACUAAUCCAUUGCAAGGUUUCUUGGAAUAAACAAGAGCCCUGGUUCCUCACGGCUAUAUACGGUAGCCCUAAUCCAACUAUCAGAAGGGAUCUGUGGUAUAUGUUAGAGAAAAUUGCUAACCUUACAAUUGGGCCUUGGUGUAUCGGCAGCAAUUUUAAUGCUAUUAAAUCUGCCCAAGACUCUGGGGGAAGCUCCAACCUUUCCUCAGAUACCAACAAAUUUAUUGAUUGCAUGUGUAACUGUGGCAUGAUGGAGGUUGAGAUUUCUGGUUCUCCCUUUACAUGGCAGCGGGGUCACAUCAAGAGAAGGCUAGAUAGAGUUCUAAGCAGCUUCAAGUGGGCUCAACUUUUUCAGGCAGCAGGAGUUAAACAUCUAUCUAAGUUGAAAUCGGACCAUCUACCUAUUUUGAUAGAUUUUCAGCACACUAUCCAGGAUAACUCUAACAAACCUUUUCGUCUUCUUGCCCCUUGGUUACUUCAUGAUGAUUACUCUAAUCUUGUUAAUGAUGCAUGGAAUCCGAAUGACUCAUUGACUGAUAAUAUUAACUCCUUUAAUAAUAGAGCUAAAGCUUGGAAUAGAGAGACUUUUGAAAAUAUUUUCAGGAAAAAAAGUUGCAUUAUUGCCCGUUUAGAAGGCAUCAAUAAAAGUCUCUCAUUUCAAAGUAACCCUUUUCUUGAAAAACUUCAAAAAGAACUCUGCAUGGAAUAUGAGAAUAUUGUUGUUCAAGAGUAG